CGAGAACGACUCCGCAAGGCAAGCAGGCAUCUGAGAUCGAAAGCGGAUGCCAGAAAUAUUCGGAAAUCGAACGAAGAAAGCCCGAAGAUAAAGAAAAAGGAAAGCUGUGAAGGAUAUCGAUCGGAUCCCUCACUUAAAUUCGCGUCAAUGGCCGACGUUCCUUAGAUCACGGAGUUUGUUUAUCUACUGCCUAUACUAGUUCCGCAACCAAAACGAUUGUUAAACAAGUUGGUGAUGAGAAAUUAGCAAAGCAGUAUGCUUCCCCAUUUAAAGGAUUGCGCUUAAAGCACGUAAAUUGGAGACGUUACCAGAAAGAAGACCUCGUAGCUGUCACUAAGAAAGAUUGGUGAAGUAUUGGAAAGUGGGCAUCUUGCUAGCUUCCUAUGCUACUUCCUAUUUCAAAUCUGGUAGUGGAGUUUUAUGGCUGUUCCCUUUCUGGAACCACAAGGUGAAGUUGAUCAAACUGAUAGAAAUCCUCUGCUGAUGGAGCAACCAGUCAGUAGUAGCGGGCACGAACAUGUCAUUAUUAUAACAAGAGGCGACGUUGCUUCCACAUCAAUCUCUCAUGAUGGUGAUCACAAUGAUUCAGAUGAAUUGCAUUAUGAAGAUGGACCUUCAACAAGCACACAAGCUCCAACUUCUAGAUCAUCUUCACCAUCACCCACUGCAUCCAAUUCUAGGAAUGUUUCUUCCAUCAGGAGAGGUGAUAAUCAUGGUCGCCGACGCAGAAGCCCUUUAAAUUCUGGUUUGUGGAUUUCAAUUGAGCUUAUUGUGAAUGUGAGCCAAAUUAUAGCAGCUGUCAUUGUUCUUUCCUUGUCAAGACAUGAGCAUCCGCAAGCUCCAUUAUUUGCAUGGGUCAUAGGCUAUACUGCAGGAUGUAUUGCUACUCUACCUCAUCUUUAUUGGCGCUACAUUCAUCGCAAUGGUCAAGGCUCCGAGCAAGAAACGGAGCAUUCGCGUCAGAGUUCGUCCCAAAACAACAUACCCGAGUCAACUUCAUACACUACCAUUUCUUUUAAUCAAGCUUUGGAAGGAGAAAACCGCCAUAGCGCUGGAGCAGUCUUACGAUUUGGACAGAACUUGAUAAUCUCUAGUCCAAGGCUCAGUGCAAUGGUUGACCAUUACAAGAUGGCUUUGGACUGUUUUUUUGCUGUGUGGUUUGUUGUUGGCAACGUCUGGAUCUUUGGUGGGCACUCAUCUUCAUCUGAUGCUCCCAACUUGUACAGGUUAUGUAUAGCUUUCCUCACAUUCAGCUGUAUUGGGUAUGCAAUGCCAUUUAUCCUGUGUGCCACGAUCUGCUGCUGUUUGCCUUGCAUAAUAUCUAUUUUGGGCUUCAGAGAGGAUUUGGGACAGACAAGAGGAGCUACCUCUGAGGCAAUCAAUGCCCUGCCAACCUACAAAUUUAAGGCAAAGAGAAGCCGAAAUAGAGGGAGUGAAAUUAAUUCAGAGAACCUAGGUGAUGGUGGGAUCGUGGCAGCUGGCACUGACAAGGAGCGAGUUAUUUCUGCUGAAGAUGCUUGCGUGUUGCUGCAGGUUUGCUGUAUCUGCCUUGCAAAAUAUGCAGACAAUGAUGAGCUCCGUGAGCUUCCUUGCUCCCACUUCUUCCACAUGGUGUGUGUGGAUAAAUGGCUCAAAAUCAAUGCCCUCUGCCCCCUUUGCAAGUCCGAGGUAGGGGACGCAGCAGGUUCAAUCUUCAGCACGCACUUCGGCAGGCGCCACGGCGAUGGGAGGUUUGGGAGCAGCGCAGACGCCACGAGAUCUGCAAUAUAGACCAGACUGGACGUAUGGCAGUAGUGGAGCACGGAUUCUGAUGCCACAUUGGUCUUAUUGUGUGUUUUGGUUCUUCAAUGUACAAAUACCAGGUGACAUUUUUAUGACUCGCCUUUUUCUUUCUUCCGGUGCGUGUGCUGGGGCCUUAGGGGGGAAAUAUGGAUGGUUUAUACUUUUAAGAUGUUCUUACAAUAAUAUGCUUGAGGGUUCCUGUUCCCGUGUUAGA